CCGGGCAACUGCUGGGCCCGCACAGACCUUCCAGGAAAGCGCGGAAUUCAGAGGCAAAGUGUUUCCGAUGUUGUAAAAACUUUAGAAUGUUUACUUUGGGAAGUGAAAAUUAUUGAUUAUGGCUCACUAUUCCAAAGAAAAGCUGGAUGAGGAGUUUGAACAGUUUAUGAAAGAGCUUUCAGAUGAUUCUUUUGAAAAUUCAAACAAAACACCUGGACAACCUAAAAAAGAAAUGAAGAAGGAAGAUACAGUGCCUUGGUGGAUGACUGAAGGUGAUUUUGAAGAUGGUGGACUGCUUGGAACAAAUGUAAGCUAUUUGAAAACAAAGAAGACUUCUCAACCUGUUAUGGAAAUAGAUGAGGACUCUGCUGAAAAGAUUCAAUUUCUUAAGAGCAGUGGAACCUCUAUCUUAAGUAUUGACAGCUUAGAAACAAAUGAACUAGUAGCUUCUGAGCUCAAUCAUAGUAUUCUUGGAUUGGGAUUGGACACAUUAGAAGAACAAGAGGAGAAAGAACAAUUUUUUGCCAGGCUUGAGAAUGGCUUGACAUCUUCCAUUGAUUAUUCAAGAUUAAAUAAGGAAUUGGAUUCUAAUGACUCCACACAUUUUAAAUCUUUACAGAGUAAUCAAGCCACUGUUGAACUAACGGAAGAUAAACAUGAGGAUGAAUCAAAACAUAAAGAACUGGGAGAAAAUUACAGUGAUGAUUUUGAAGAUGAAGAGGACAUUGAUGCACCUUUGAUUACUAAUGAUGUAGAGACUCAUUCCAAAGAAAAUCUCAAAUCAGAAAAAAUAAAUGUACCCAAACAGGAAGAAGAGAAAACUGGCAUGCUGGCUAAUGUUGUGCUGCUUGAUUCAUUAGACUCUGUUGCAGAGGUCAACCUUGAUGUACAAGAUAAGGCAACAACUAAGCCAAAGGCCCUAAUGGAAAUUACUGAUAGUAAAAUGACAGGAACAGGUGUUUCUUAUGGACAAAGCAGUAGUGACAUUGAAGCCCUACAUGAGGCUUAUUGUCAUAUAGCCCAUUCUUUGGGAGAUGCAGAUGAACAAAGAAUUGAAAGUAACACAAUGGAAAAUAUCAAGAGCCCAGUGAAAGAUCAUCUUCAGGAAAAUGAAGAGUCUUCAAAAAACACCUCUACUACUGAAUCUGAUCUGCCCACAGUAGAGGAGCUGAUGAAACCUAUCAGAAUAGAUUCCUUUGGGGUCAGUGGUUUUGAUUUACAACCUGUCAGCUCUAAGAAAGUGGCUGAUAAUAAAGAAACUGAAUUUGUUAGCCCUUUAUCGCUUAAGAUGAACCCAAACAUUAUGCCUCAAGACCCACAAUAUGUAAAUCAAUUUUUUGAAAAAAGUGAUGAGAAUGUGAUUUUACAAAAGACAACAAAUGUGGUUAUGGAAAAUAGCUGUCCAAAAGUAACUGCUGUGGAAGAACAGAUCAACAAAACAUAUCUUGAUAUUUUAAGGAAAAAAAUAUCUGUUAAUCCUCCAUUAUUACCUCAGGAUGACAAAAUUAAUAAAACUUUUAGAUCUCAACUCAGUUCAGGAGAAGAAGGGGCUGUAAUUGGUAAACAGGUACCAAACAAGAAGGUUAGAAGUGCUCCUCCUUUGUUUAAAAGAAAACCCCAGAGUGGAUUAUAUGCAUCAGUUAGAAGCUCAGGCUAUGGGAAACCCAGUUCACCACUCAAGAUGAUUUCUACUCUUGAGAAGAAAAUUUCAAAGGACAUAAAGAGCAAAAACUUGAACUCCGUUCCCAUCUCAAAUCAAGCUAGGAAAAAAGAAAUCUUAUCUGGAACAAAACUCAUCAAGCCUGCAGCUCUGGGUAAACCAGCUCCCAAAAUUGAAAGUUGCCCGACUACUCCUAAGAAGUCUGAAGAUCCUACAGAAAUUGAUUCUUGUGCUCAGUUUCAGACCUUAAGUAGCUUUGAAGAAACAAGCAAAAAUCAAAGAUGGUUACAUUUUGGAAAAACAACUGAUCCUGUCACUGGAGAAAAAUUGAAGCAAAUCCAAAAAGAAAUACAAGAGCAAGAGACACUUCUUCAAGGAUAUCAACAGGAAAAUGAAAGGUUGUAUAAUAAAGUGAAAGAUCUUCAAGAACAAAACAAGAAAAAUGAGGAGCGAAUGUUUAAGGAAAACCAGAAUUUAUUCAAUGAGUUAGCUUCCUUAAAAGAACAGAUGCACAAAAGUCGUUUCCUGUCUCAAGUAGUCGAAGAUUCAGAGCCCACCAGAAAUCAGAGUUUUACAGACCUGUUAGCAGAACUACGGAUGGCACAGGUUGAGAAACUGAAAGCUGAAUCUGGGAGUCCAUCUAUUCAGCAGAAGUUACGUUUAAAAGAUAGAGCAGCUGAUGCCAAAAGAAUUCAGGAUCUGGAGCGACAAGUUAAGGAAAUGGAAGGAAUUCUAAAGAGAAGAUAUCCCAAUUCUUUACCCGCUUUAAUAUUGGCGGCGUCCGCAGCUGGUGAUACAGGAGAUAGAAAUACAGUGGAAUUCAUGGAAAAAAGGAUAAAAAAACUAGAAGCCAAUCUGGAGGGCAAAGAUGAAGAAGCAAAGAAAAGCCUUCGUACCAUGGAACAACAGUUUCAGAAAAUGAAGAUUCAGUAUGAACAGAGACUGGAAGAGCAGGAACAGCUACUUGCCGACAAAUUGAAAGAAGCACACCAGCAUCAUCAUGAUUCCUCCAGGGUUAAAGCACUAGAGAAGGAACUCAGUGACAUUAAGGAAGCCCAUCAAAUCACUAUAAGAAACCUUGAAGCUGAAAUAGAUGUUCUUAAACAUCAGAAUGCUGAAUUAGAACUCAAGAAAAAUGAUAAAAAUAAUAAAGACUUCCAGUCUAUAGAAUUCCAGGUAGAACAGGCUCAUGCUAAAGCUAAGCUGGUAAGACUCAAUGAAGAACUGGCUGCAAAAGGGAGAGAAAUACAAGACCUCUCGAAAACCGUGGAGAGACUUCAAAAGGAGAGAAGAAUGAUGUUGUCUAAUCAGAACUCUAAGGGCAGAGAGGAAAUGUCUGCCAGAAAGGCAAAGAAGGAUGUUUUGCACCCAAGUAAAGGGAAUGCUAACUCCUCUGGAACCCUGGAUGGCAAGCGUUACCAACCACAUACUUUCACUGAUUCCCAUAUUUCAGAGGUUUUGCAAGAAAACUGCAGAUUGAAAAAUGAGCUAGAGGGAUUAAUUUUGGAGAGGCAUGAGCUGAAGAUGAAAUCGGAAGCAGCAGUAAACCAAUUUGAAAAUUCCAUGAAAAGGGUCAAGGAAGAUACUGCCGCACACAUUGCAUCUCUCAAAGCAUCUCAUCAAAGGGAAGUAGAGAAACUCCUUUGCCAAAAUGCAGUAGAAAAUUCUUCUUCCAAAGUAGCUGAACUGAAUCGUAAAAUAGCAACUCAAGAGGUACUUAUAACACAUUUCCAAAGUCAAGUUAAUGAACUGCAGAGUAAACAAGAGUUUCUUGCACUUUCUCAAGUUCGAGAAGAAAUCCUACAGAAAGAGAUUACAAAACUCUUAGAAGAAUUGAGAGAAGCCAAAGAAAAUCAUACACCAGAAAUGAAACAUUUCCUGAGCUUAGAAAAGAAAAUUAAACAGAUGGAAAUGAGACAUGAGCAAAGGGAGCAGGAACUUCAACAGAUAAUACAGCAGACACGCCAAGUAGUAGAAACUGAGCAAAACAAAGAAAUUGAGAAAUGGAAAAGACUCGCACAGUUAAAGAAUCGUGAGCUGGACAAAUUCCGCACAGAAUUAGACUCGAUAUUAGAUGUUCUCCGAGAGCUGCACCGGCAGGGAGUGGUUGUGCCAGUUACUUUUGCAGAUGAAGUGAAUGCACCAGAGUAUUACUAGAAACUCAGAUUUCAUAUGACUUCAUUGAGAGGCCUGAAGAUGGAUGGGAUUGUACCUCUGUCAGAAGGACAGCUUUUG